AUUGACUCUCCAUCGAAGCUGAGGCAUUCUAAACCGUACCAUCUAAAUUCAAGGUAAUAAUUCGAAAACAAUGUAAAUUGUAUUUGUCCCCAAGGACAUGCAAGAACCAAGGAGGUUUCCUUGGUACCUUUGUCAUUCUUUGUAUAUGUUUGAAGCAAAAGACAAAUAGGAGCAGGAGUAGAGCUCACCUUAUUAGCCUAAGAAUCUCCUAAGAAGAAUCAAUCACAGAACAGAUAACUGAGGUCUGAGUUUUCUUUCCCAACCUGUUGACAACCACAUUUUCUUGCAUAUUUUAGUUGGUAUAUAUAAAAACAAACACUUUUCUUGUAGUUGUAGCUUGGCUUCGGUCAUUUCGAGGGAUACUAAGUGCAAACCUUGGUACCCUUCUUUAACAUAACUAGCCUUAAAUAACCAAUUCCUGCCCUCAUGUUCAUGCAUUUCGACCCCAAAGCCAAAAGGUCUCUAGGAAAGGAAACCAUGAAUAGGCGGGUGCGGCAAGUUGUCACUGCUCUGAGAGAGCACGGGAGUGUCAGCUACGCUAAAAUUGCCACAAUUGGAGGGUUUUGCAAUGUUGAGCUUAUCAUUGUGAAGGCAACAACCCCGGAUGACUUGCCACUGCCUGACAGAUAUGUCCAUGAGCUCUUGAAAAUAUUUUCCAUUUCUCCUAGUAGUUGUCGUGCGUUUUCAAUUGGCUUCUCUCGCCGUUUCGGAAAGACUAGAAGCUGGCGAGUUGCACUGAAGUGCUUACUCCUUCUACACCGGCUGCUUAGAUCAUUGCCUGAAGAUAGCCCCUUUCGAUCAGAAUUGCUGUGGAAUCGGUCAAAUGGUUUUAUCUCUUUAUACCCUUGUCGUUUCCAGGAUGCUUCCUCAUCCACUCCCGAGUGUUACACCGCGUUUAUCAGAUCAUAUGCACAUUUGCUAGAUGAGGCUCUUGGUCGCUUCUCGUUUGAUGGUAAUCUAAUUGACAAUGAAGAUUUGGAGAAGACGGAAAGUUUACCAGAAAAAAUGAAAGAAAUUGCAAGGAUGCUUGAGAUUUUGCCACAGCUUCAAAGCCUGAUUGAUCGAGUUAUGGAUUGUAGACCAACCGGGGCUGCGGCGAAGAGCUUUCUGAUACAGUCAGCAAUGAAAUACAUCAUUCGGGACAGCUUCAUCUGUUACACCAUAUUUAGAAGGGACGUUGUUUUGGUGUUGGACAAUCUCUUUCAAAUGCCAUACAGGAGUUGCAUAGCAGCUUUUGGGAUAUACAAGAAAGCAGCUCUGCAAGCAAACCAGCUGUGGGAGUUUUAUGACUGGUGUAGACUUAUGGGAUUUUGUGGGCGUUAUGAGUAUCCCUUUGUGGAUCGGAUCCCACAGAUACAAAUUCAGGCGCUUGAGACUUUCAUCAACGGAAUGUGGCAGCUAACAUCACCAUCAUCACCGACCACAUCACCAUCAUCAUCAGUUAUGGAUUCCAGGUCAAGUGUAACCGAAGAUGACAGAGACGAACAACUGGUUGUGGUCGGUACUUUUAAGGAUAAAUUCGAGGACAGUUGUUUUCCUGAAAAGUUCGAUGGAGAUGAGGAGAGGGAACCAUUGAUUCAGCUAGAUGACAGUGAAACUGAUAGCUGGGAGGAUCUAUUGGAAGCUUCAGUGAAUCUUUCUGGUGUUCAGGGAAACAACUUGCUUUUAUACAGUAAGGGAUUCAACUACAGCAAUGGAAGUGACAAGGAUGAAUGGAAGAUACAAGUGUACAAUCCUAGUGCACCUAAUCCUUUUCAGCAGCCUCCCAGCAUGCAAAUUAGUUAUGCACAAUAUGCAAGCAGUAACCCAAAGUAUCCCUGGGGACUGUGAUGCAUGCCAGAGUUUAGAUUUUUAAGUGUCAAUUUCUUGGGCAGUCAUUUGAUGCCUCAUUGGUCUCCAGAGGGGUGCAUAUUGUCCUGCCAAUGCAAAGUUCAUUCAACAACUC